CAUACACAGGGCCAGCAACGACGCCGAUCACCUCCAACGAGGAAACCACACAACCCGACCCGACCGGGAGAGGAGCCCGACCCCCCCCGAGGGAGAGGACGAGCCCUGAGGGCAUCUCCGGGGACCAAGGGGGAGCCCUCGCCGGCGCUGGCCAUGGGCGCCUCGCCGGCGAUGUGGGCCGCGCUGGUCGUGGCGGCGUUCUUGGCCGCAUCGGGGACGGCGGCGGCGCUGCCGAGGUUCGCCGAGGCGCCGGAGUACCGGAACGGGGAGGGGUGCCCCUCGGCGAUCGCUGGCGCGGGGGUGUGCGACCCUGGCCUGGUGCACAUCGCCAUGACGCUGGACGCGCACUACCUCAGGGGCUCCAUGGCGGCCAUCUACUCGCUGCUCAAGCACGCGUCCUGCCCGGAGUCGCUCUUCUUCCACUUCUUGGCCGCGGACGGCGGCGGCGCGCCGGAGGUGGGCGAGCUCAGGGCCGCCGUGGCAGCGUCGUUCCCGUCGCUGCGGUUCGAGAUCUACCCGUUCCGCAAGGACGCAGUCGCCGGGCUCAUCUCCGCGUCCGUGCGCGCCGCGCUCGAUGCGCCGCUCAACUACGCACGGAACUACCUCGCCGACCUGCUCCCGCGCUGCGUGCCGAGGGCGAUAUACCUCGACUCCGACGUGCUCGCCGUCGACGACGUGCGGCGGCUCUGGGAGACGCGCCUGCCCGCCGCCGCGGUGGUGGCCGCUCCCGAGUAUUGCCACGCCAACUUCUCCCGAUACUUCACCGAGGCCUUCUGGUCCGACUCCAAGCUCGGCGAGCGCGUCUUCGCCGGGCGACGCCGCGCGCCCUGCUACUUCAACACCGGUGUCAUGGUCAUCGACCUCCGGCGAUGGCGCGUCGGCAACUACCGCCGCCGCAUCGAGCAGUGGAUGGAGAUACAGAAAGAAAAAAGAAUCUACGAGCUCGGAUCGUUGCCCCCGUUCUUGCUCGUCUUCGCCGGCGAGGUGGAGGCCGUCGAUCACCGGUGGAACCAGCACGGCUUGGGCGGCGACAACGUGCUCGGCAGCUGCCGCCCCCUCCACAAGGGUCCCGUCAGCCUGAUGCACUGGUCCGGGAAGGGCAAACCAUGGGACCGCCUUGACGCCGGCAAGCCUUGUCCCCUCGACCAUACCUGGAAGUCCUACGACCUCUACAUUGGCGAGAAUGACGCAUCUUCCGCAUCAGCACCGUCCGGGUCUGCGUUAUCAUCAUCGGCUUUACCCGCAGCAGUGUUUUCUUGGUAGAAGCUGAUGACAUACACAUAAUUCUUUCAUUUGGGGAUGUGGUGGUUCUUGGCCGGUAAUGGAAUUGCCUUGCAAUGCAUUGCCACUGCCACCACAGCUGCCACCGCAAGCCAGCUGCCGCCUUCGGCUGUACAGGACAGUGAGGGGAGGGGUGGCACGUUGCAGCGGCAGCAAGAUGGAGAGGCCAGUGAAUACAGGAUGCGAAUUCUUGUUCAUUUGCGUUACGAUUCAGAUUGAUUCAUUAGGCUUUGAUUCAGAGGUGGCGACUGCAGGAGGCUGGAAUUACUUGAUUGGUGGUGUACAAUUCUUGGAUAGGAUAAAGGUUUCAUUUUUUUGUCUAUUAGUUCAGAAUUGUUUCAUUUACAUGUCUAUUCAGUAAACUCGUAUAAUAUCGAUUGAAUUGAUUUGAAUCAAAUUGAGUGGAUCCUA